CGGGCGCGGGGGAUGCUGGGGAGGGCGGAGCUGCCAGCUGCUGCAGCUGUUGCUGCGUUGUCCGCGGCGGCGGCGGGGAGCGGAGCGGAGCCGGGCUGCGGGGAGAGGCCCCCGGGCCGAGAGCCGGCUGCGCAGCGCGUUCAGGACUGUCUAGCCGACGCAUGAGCCAGCAUGAACGUGGGGACGGCUCACAGCGAGGUGAACCCCAACACCCGGGUCAUGAACAGCCGGGGCAUCUGGCUCUCCUACGUGCUGGGGAUUGGCCUGCUGCAUGUGGUCCUCCUCAGCAUCCCCUUCUUCAGUGUCCCCGUGGUUUGGACUCUCACCAACAUCAUCCACAACAUGAGUAUGUACAUCUUCCUGCACACCGUGAAAGGAACGCCCUUUGAGACUCCGGACCAGGGGAAAGCCCGGUUGCUCACGCACUGGGAGCAGAUGGACUAUGGGGUGCAGUUCACGGCAUCGCGCAAGUUCCUGACCAUCACGCCCAUCGUGCUGUAUUUCCUCACCAGUUUCUAUACGAAAUAUGACCGGAUACACUUCAUAAUCAACACCAUCUCCCUGAUGAGCGUCUUGAUCCCCAAGCUGCCCCAGCUCCACGGAGUCCGGAUCUUUGGGAUCAACAAGUACUGAGCCCCCUGGAUGAAGUGAGCUGAAGUGGAAGGGGAAACCCGGUCGUCUUAGUCCUCCCUCACCACCACCACCACCACCCCCCGCCAAAUCCGGGAUAUAAUUUCACAGCGGCUCUUUAAAUGCAGUAUCCAAUAGACGUGUAUGCCACAUGCAGGAUCCUCGUGCCCAAUAAAUCUAAGCAAACUCUGGAGUAGCAGAAUCCUGAGUAGAGUUUAGCAUGGAGCCAGGAGACUGGUGGGUGGACUUCUUGUGCUCCAGUAUCAUGAGUAGAUGCAGAUAGAGUGAGACGUUGAGGUACAAAUAGGUCAGUUUCUGGGGAGACUCCCAUCCAGAGGCCAAUACACUGAAUGGAGAGAGCAGGGGUGGGGAGAAAGCUUUAAGAGCUAGUAGUUAUUACGAUGGCAAAUGCACUUUAAAAUACAUUGGCCCUUUUUGAGGUUAGAAGCACUCGCGAAGGGCUACGUGGGGAAAUUAAAGGGGGACAUGGCCAGAUUUCCCAGGUGUGAAAAACUAGUUGGCCACUUUAAUUUUGGGAGGUGGAUUUUAUUCUUAAACCUCUCUCCUCCCGCUGGGGAGGGAAUCAUUUUUCUAAUGAGAAAACAGGAAGGAGCUUUCUUGUUUUCCAAGGUACCGUUUGUAUGAUUCAGGGGGAAGGAAUUGGAUUCCAAAUUGUUUCUGUUAAUUUAAACUAUAACCAAUGUCUUUGUUUAAAGUGGAAGUAGUUAUAUUUUAAAGCGUGUGUGAUGGGGGGUAUUAUCCCCCAUCACAUGCAGCCCUGCAGUGUUACCCUUAAUCCUACUGCCACAUAGGGCUAAGAGGUGUGAUGGUGCUGCUUGUUAGUUGUGUGAUUAAAAAUGUUAACACUGCCCAUCAGAGUGAUCGGAGUCACUUGACUUGGAGAUCGGGGAGGGGAAAGGCUGAUGACGGACAGGUUUGCUCUAGGUGAAGGAUGGAGCGUCGUCAGGUACGGUAAUGGGGUGUUGGUACAGGCAGAGAGGUGACCAUGACUGGUUUACAUGGGUCUCGUUCUUCCACCCCCUUUGCCCAGGACUCCAAUGUCUAAAUCUAGAUCAGUGGCAUUUGCCAAAUAUCAGUGGUGGGCACAUUUCAGCAUGUGACAGCCCAUGCAGAAAACCAUUCUCGGACUUCUGGUUGGGCCUGAUGACCUGUCAGCAGCAGACUAUGGGCCACAAGCGAGGUUUAAGGAGCUGUAGAACAGGAAUAUUGCAAUAGUGCUGCGUUGCUGAGUGAAGGCAGGAGCAGACGGCAAAUGUGGCUGGCCAGCAAGAGGGCAACGGGUCUGACCAGUCGCUGAAGCAUUUAACUUAUCAGUGGCAUAGAAAAUCCAAGCUGUGCAGUCUGUCGCAUCCCCAGACCAUGGCUGCAGGUUACCUGCCUGUCCGGGUCUGGACAGUGAAGGUGUUUGGCACAGCAGGGAGACAAGCAACUCUUGCUUUGCUGCCUUCUUCAUUAUCCGGAUUUGUUGUACUUGUUUAAAUCCAAAGCCCUGCUGUUCUGCCCCUGAACUGGUGGCUAGAUCCAGAGGUGGGGUACGGCACAUGUCAGUUAGUGGGUGGAACUUGCACCCCAAGAAAGUGAGGGGCAAUGGGGCAUUGCAGGGGGCAGUUAAACCACCAGGGGAGCUAACCAACCUUCUGUUUCUGACUCGUUUUGAUUUUGUUUAUGCAUCAUGAGCUUAUUUCAGGCUGCUCAGUGGAGCGAUCAUGUUUUCUGCACCCUGCAUUGCUGUGUGGGAGGGAACCCUACCUAGUAGAGCGUGUGUGUGUGUUUCUACUAAGGGGCUGUUAGCAGAUGAGCUAGUUAUCCACAGAGUCAGGAGCUGGUUUGGAGGACAAUGUGGGAUUUUUAAUUUAAUUAUAAUCUGCAAUAGAAAUGCAAUAAUCCCAGUGUGGAAAGAGAUUGUUGAAUAAAGUUUUGAUAAUCAUUGUUUGGGGUAAAUGACAGACUUGUAAUUAGUAGACGGGGGGGGGGAGGAUUUCCAAUAUAACAGGGAGGUUUGGAUAACUGAGGAUGAAGCAUAGUUGCAACACUGAAUCUCUCCUCCCCCCCCCCCCCCUCAAAAUUGCCAGCUAGAGCGAAGGGUUAGCAGCAGAACUGGCCCCAGUGGCUGGGGUAGCUGUCCACUCUUUGUAACUGCAGCAUUUUCUAGAGAGUCAAUAUGCUGGUUGAACUAUGCCUUUGUUUAUAUUUUUCAUGACACCCUUGCACAUUCAUGAAGGUGAUUUUUGUUUGUUAGUGUUUUGAUUGUCUGGAGUUUUCUGACAAUGUAAACAUUUGAAAUAAGACAUUUUAGUUCCUGCAUUAGCCAGAUGUAGCUUUGGAACUGAGCAGGGGGUACAGUGGAUACUAUCGAUAGAGUUUAGACCUGAUCUAAUGGUCCGAGACAGGACUGGGAGACAGGAAUUCCCCAAUUUGAAUCUCGUCCCUUGUAUUGACUCCUCACCUGCCUUUGGGUGAACUGCUUAACCUCUCUGCCUCAGUUUCAUCAUUUGUACCCCGCUGAGGGGGGAGAAAUAACCUACCUCACAGGGCUGUUGUGAGGCUUAUAUAGCCAUUGUCUCUUAAGCGCUUCAAAGACGGAAAUGCUCCUGUAAGUAUUAGUGAAAAGGAAGAUGGUGGAGAAGGAGAAAACCUGCUUUGGGUUCUUGAAAAAAGGAGCCUGUCAAAUGUAGGUUAAUUUAUUUAAUACAAGGCUCUUCCUUUUUUCCCCAUCCCUGACAUGGGUGGGAGUGGAUUGUUGCUUCGGUUACUGUACUGUAUACCCCAGGACUAGUGCACUUUUCAAGCUACUAGCCUGUGACUUCUGGAAAAAAAUAGUUUCAGGCUGGUGCUAUUUCCUGAUGAGAAUGUCUGAGUGGAUUCAGAAAUGAACAUUGUAGAUACGUGCCUCAGAUGGCAAUGGGGAGACGGCAGGUUUCCACUCGGCAGUGAUAGUACCCUCACCCAGACUGCUGGGAUGAUGUGCCUAGUCUAAGGGGCACACUGCUGGACCAAUUCAGGUCUGGCAGGCCACAGAAUUAUAGUGCUGAUGCUGAACCUUCUCCAGUGAAAGAGACGGAACACGUAGUGUGGUGUUAAUCUAGCUUUGGGGACAAAUAGAAACCUAACUAGAGAGACAAAAUAAUUACUUUCAAGGUGGGAAUCUCGACCCAGAGAAGUGGGGCAGGAAUCGCUUUAUCCUUGUGUUUUGCAAAAACCCACCAUAAAUAAAAAAGGACUUUUUUUUUCUUUAUUUGCUUAAAACCAUUAUUCCCGGAUUCAUGUAGGUUUUGCCUUUUCUCUCCCUCUCUCAUGCAUGUAAACUAUGCAAAGCUGGAGUGAGUUUGUAGCAGAAAUGUAAGUUGACGCUAGGCACCAGACCCUUGGCAGCUGUGGAGUGGUGAAGCUCGGCAGACGUACAUCAGCUGGGGGCUGGACCUGCAGUGUUUGUGGGUUCAGUGACACUGGUCAUGUCCAAUCAGUUCUGUUAAAUUAACGCUGAAAUGUAAAGCUACUAAAAAUAAAAUCAUGAACUCUUCAGUGGGGCAGUUUAAAACCUGGAGUGUAAGUUUUCCUCAACGGGUUUACAAAGACGUGAUAUUCAUAGACCAGUCUAAUGAUUUCUCUUUUAUGAGCAUUUCAGUGAAAACAGUUUCCGUGAAGCACUUCAGCAUGUGCUUAAGACACACACAAGUCAAUGGAAUUUAAGCACACGCUUAAGUGUUUUGCUGAAUCGCGGCCUUACUUGGCUCAAGUGAGAGGGGAAUCAGGCCCUAGGACUUAACAGUUUAACAGGGAUUUCGGUUAAUUUUUAAAAAGAGCGAUGCAUAAUUAUGUGUCAGAGAUCUACUCCCCCCGACCCCCUGUGUGCAGGGGUAGCUUCCAUUAAAAUGUCACUCAAAAGGGGGAGUCUGAGUAUGCAGUGAGUGGGAACAGCCCCCUUCACUAGGCACUCGUAGGUGAUCUGGGAGACAAAGCAAUGAAAUGCUAGUCCAAACAUUACAGAUCAAACCACACUGUAGAUUUCCUGAAACGUUGCAUUGAAACCACUUUUAUAAAACAGGGGUGGGUGUGAAAUGGGCCAGACACGGCAGCUCUGACUCAGAAGACAAAUGAUGAAGGGCCACUCAGGCCGUGGAGAGUUGAAGAAAACAACACACACACCAAGGAAACUCCUUGGGGAUAAAAACCAGCUUUGGGCAGAAGAGGGAUUGCGUGCACCCCCGGGUGGGGAAGUUUGAGGAAUUUAGAGUCUUGAGCAUUUAAAUAUGGCUGCAGCCAAGUGUGGUGGCGAUCCCAGAAUGAAAUUCAACCCUUGUGUAAAGCGCCUAAGUGAACUAGACCCUGGACUCCCCUUGACUUUCAAUGGGAUUUAGGUGCCUAACUCACUUAGGCCCUUGGGAAUAUCUUCCUCCAGGCCUUGUGCUGGCUCCCUGCAUAGCAGUAGGUGUGAAUUUCAGUACAGCCAAUGCUUUUCAGUGUAGUUUUGUCUUCUGCGAAUACAGAGAAACAAAGAAACCAAGGGUUUUAAAAUCUAUAACAAUAGACCAGUUCACAGACAUUGGCCUGACUCAAACCAUUCGCGUUGCGUGCUCUUAUUGCUGUUGUUACUGCAAAGCCUUUUUCCUCAGCCGUUGAGAGAACUGUGUGCUUGUCCACACAGCACAGAAAGAUACAGAACAACAGCUUGGGGGUGUUGAGUGAAGGCCCCAGUCUUGCAAUUGGAUUCCAACAGCUGGAUCUUUAACCCAACACUAUACAGCCCUUCCACGUGAUCCAAGUGCAAGAUUGGAGCCUUCUUUCCCCUUCCCCCUGAGAUCUAAGGCUGUUCAGUCAAUGAGGAUUUAUUUAAAGCAGCAGCAAUUUAAACAUAAUUUAAAUAUUAAAAGAAUGGUACUGGUCCUCCAAGAGAGGACAAUAACUGGGUCACUGUUGGCAGUAGCACACAGUCAGAGUCUCAUAUGAUUUUCUUUAAUAGCAGUGAGAUAUAUUGCUUUGAUUUACCAUCAUGUAUAAAAUAGAGAUAUAUUUUUAAGUGUGUGCACAUAAUAAUACACUCUUGGGAUCAAUUUCAGUGAGCUAAAUCAGUUUUGUAUGGAACAGUCUUGCAUUGUAUAUAGAAGUUUAGUUGUUUUUUUCCAGUUCCUUCUCUUUUUUGGGUAUACAAAGAAGUUUCAUCUAGAGGAACUUUCUAAGACAAAGUGUGAAUAUUAUUUUUAUUACUCCUUUGUACAGGAUUCUAAGAGAAACUAAUAAAGGUCAGUAUUCAUGUAA